AUGUCGGACGACGAAUUACCGUGUGAACAAGAUAUUUUCGAAAGAGAUUUAAUUCUUGAUGAGCUUAAUCGUAUUAUUCAGCUCGCAACAACAAAUGAACAACAUUUUCGUUCGCGAACUAUUGAUUUAGCUGUUCACCAAAGAAAAUUCAAUAAAGUUCAAACAAAGAUUGAGAAAACGCUCAUUAAAAUAAAAUCAUUUAAUAAAGAGGAGCAGAUUAAAGUUCGCAAUGAUUUUAACGAUUUAUAUUAUACCAUUGUUACUUAUUUAAAUAAUUUAAAAAAGGAGGAUGAGCAACAGCGCCGCACGAGUCGGUCAUUUCAAGCAUCCGAGGUCAUAGUGCAAGCAAACAGAAAAAACCUACCUAUAUUGCCAUUGCCAGAAUUUAACGGCGAUCCAACCGAUUGGCCGUCGUUUUAUGACUUAUUUCGUUCGUUAGUACAUAACAACAGCGCUUACUGUAAUGCGGAAAAGUUUAGAUAUUUACUACUUGCAGUUAAAAACGAGCCACAUAAUCUUAUUAAAUCUAUUCCUAUCACCGACGAAAAUUACCUUGUAGCCUUAGAUAUUUUAGUGUCGCGUUAUGAUAAUAAAAGAAUUAUUGCAUCAAAACACCUUGACAAAAUUCUGGAUAUUGAACCAUGUUCCGAUAGGUUGAGUCAUAGUGUACGAAAUUUACUAAAUAUAUAUCAAGAGAAUAUAAAGGCGCUUGAAGUUAUGAAUUUUCCAAUAACUCAAUGGAGUUUUAUACUAUUAAAUAUUUUGUUGCGUAAAAUUCCGCUCACUAUUAGAAGAACAUUCGAACGUUCAUUGAGUAAGCCAUCCGAAAUUCCAGAUGUAUGCGCGUUAAUUUCUUUCCUCGAACGGGAAAUUUCCGCUGACGAAAUAACUAUUUCUACUGUUUCAAACGUACAUUCUGCUAAGAAACCAUCGGCGAAUGUGGGUAAUUCAGUAAAAUUCUCGGGCCGGAGCAACAACGCAAGCGGCGGUACUGUGCCUACGGCGCGACGCUCUUUGAUUACUAACCUUAAUGUACCCAUAGAGCAGUCUCGAUCUAAAAGUAAUGGCGAUACCGAUCCUGUGCAACCUAAAGGUAUAGUUUCAUGUUUAAUUGUUCCAAAAGGUAAACAGCAGCCCAUUGUACCCGUGGAUGCGUUAAUUUUGCCAAAAUUAGUUACGAAAAUGCCCAGUGUACCUCUGCCCUUUACAGGUUGGUCACAUUUAAAAAAUUUAAACUUAGCUGACCCUGACUUUCAUACACCCCAACCGGUAGAAAUGUUACUAGGAGCGGAUAUACUAUCCCACAUUUUAUUAGGCAACAUGAUUACUGGACCUCCGGGGUCACCGAUUGCGAUGAAUAGCGUGUUAGGUUAUUUAUUAUUAGGUAAAAUAACGUUCGAUACAAUCGUUUCGACUCCACUCCAGGUAUGUUUUAGCUCGUUUGACAACGACAAUCUUCAAAGGUUUUGGGAGCUGGAAUCAUUUUCCGAGAAACGUACUUACACUCCAGACGAGGAGCUAUGCGAAUCCUUUUUCCAAAAGACGCAUACACGGGACGAGACAGGACGGUACGUCGUCGCCCUGCCGUUCAAACCCAACGCACCGCGCCUCGGCGAGUCACGGCAAAUUGCAUUGGCUCGCUUUAGAAAAUUAGAGUAUAGAUUGGAACGCAACGUGCAGCUGAAAACUGAUUAUCACACGUGCCUCCAGGAGUAUGAGGACCUGAAUCACAUGGAGCUCGUUGAUAGUGAGCCUUUGCAAGGUGCCAGCUAUUAUAUUCCGCACCACUGUGUAGUUAAAGAAUCGAGCAAAACAACUCGUACACGCGUAGUGUUCGAUGCGGGUUGUAGAACGACGAGUGGUUUGUCGCUUAAUGACGUUCUCCUAACGGGUCCCAAGCUUCACCUUGAUAUAGUAGACGUACUUUUAAAGUUUCGUGUUCAUGCCGUAGCGUUCAGUGCGGAUAUUAAACAAAUGUAUCGAAAUAUACUGAUUCGUGAAACUGAUAGGGACUUCCAGCGCAUUUUAUGGCGUAAAUCGCCAGAAGAACCUAUACGGGACUACCGUCUCCACACGGUCACAUUCGGUGUAAAUUCCUCACCAUAUCUCGCUUUGCGUACAAUUCAGCAGCUUGCUCACGAUGAGGCCGAGUAUUUUAGGCUCGCAUCUCCCGUAUUAUUGAGUGACGUAUUUGUCGAUGAUGUUGUUUCUGGUGAGGAUACGGAGUCCAAAACUCUCGCUCUGCAGCAAGAGCUUAUCGACAUUUGUAAGACGGCUGGAUUCGAACUACGUAAGUGGCACAGCAACUCAUCAGCGAUACUCGCUACACUACAGCCACCAGCUUGUCAUGGUGAGCGGCCCGAAAACGUUCCAUUUUCUGAAAUGGAGAACGACAAAAGAGUUAAGGUCCUCGGACUACAAUGGAAUCCAGGAUCUGAUACAUUUAAUUUUAAAGUUCAAGUUACCACUCAUAAAUGCACCAAGAGAUCUAUUCUUUCUGAGAUCGCAAAAAUAUAUGACCCUCUCGGGUUGCUAUCUCCGGUAACCUUGUAUGCCAAACAUUUGAUUCAGUUAUUGUGGAUGGCAAAUGUAGAUUGGGACGAUAAUCCGCCCAUCGAUAUCAUUAAUUCGUGGACACGUUUCAUAAACGAGCUACCGCUGCUAUCACAGGUAUCGUUUCCGCGAUACAUUUUCAGUAAUAAUAUCGAUUCGGUAGAAAUUCAUGGAUUUGCUGAUGCGUCCCAGAUCGCAUAUGCCGGCUGUGUCUAUAUUCGACUUACAAGCAAGGACGGCAAUAUUUAUACAUACCUGAUUAUGGCGAAAACUAGGGUAGCUCCGCUCCGCGCACCCCUUACCAUCCCACGUCUCGAGCUGAUGGCAGCUCUAUUGCUUUCAAAGCUAUUAGAUAAGAUAGCAAAUUUAUACAGAGAUCGCAUCUGCCCUGAACGGAUUUACGCAUGGUCCGACGCCACCAUCGUGCUGGCCUGGCUCCGUUCAUCGCCGCAUGAAUGGAAGACGUUUGUUUCCAAUCGCACUAGCGAUAUUCUGUCCCGCGUUCCCGCCAGCUGCUGGCACCAUGUUCCGUCAGCCGAUAAUCCUGCUGACGCUGCAUCACGUGGCUUGCUACCUACCGCGAUGGUACAACACGACUUGUGGUACCAUGGUCCCGCAUGGCUCCGACGAAGUGCUGACAACUGGCCGGUUGAGACUCAAACUAUGAGCACCUGUGAAGAAAAACGUAACUUAACGCUAUCUUCUGCUAUGUCUACGGCACCGCCCGUACAAAAUACCGAAAUUAUAAUGCGAUUUUCGUCGCUAGGCAAACUCGUUCGGAUUACUGCACUAAUAUUUCGUUUUUAUAAUAAAUGCAAAAGGGUUAAAAAUUCGUUCCCGGGUUACAUUACCGUACCUGAAUAUAAUUUUUCAUUAAAUCGACUAAUUUACCUUACUCAACAAUCGGUCUUUCAAGACGAUAUUUUAAAGAUAUCUCAAGGAAGAUUACCUUCUAAUCAAUUGCGACGUCUUACACCCUUUUUGGAUAGUGACAAACUCUUACGUGUAGGAGGUCGAAUUCAUAAAUCAUUGUUACCAUUUGAAUCUAAACAUCAAAUAAUUUUACCGAAAAAACAUGCUUUGACGAAUUUAAUUAUCGACGACGCUCACAUGAGCUAUCUGCAUGCAGGACCUCAGUCCGUGCAAUACUUGCUGUUGCAGCGCUAUUGGAUAUUGUCUUGCCGCGACAUCGUGCGUCAACGCAUACAUCGCUGUGUCCGUUGCUUUCGUGCUCGUCCAACACGUGAUCAACCGAUUAUGGGACCACUACCAGCUUCGAGAAUACGUCCGGCGCGUCCUUUCCUUAAAACGGCCGUAGAUUACGCCGGUCCAUUUUUUGUUCGUGCAAAUAAAGUACGUAAUGCGAAAAUAGUGAAGUGUUAUGUUUCGGUAUUCGUAUGUAUGAGCGUAAAGGCCGUACAUCUCGAACUCGUUUCGGAGCUAUCCACUGAUGCAUUUUUAGCAGCUCUGCGACGCUUCACGGCCCGUCGAGGAUUAUGUACGGAUACAUAUUCUGACUGCGGAAAGAAUUUUGUCGGAUGUAACAAUUAUCUUAAAGACCUAUACGCGUUUUUACGUAGUCAUGUCGUUCAAAGUACAAUUAAUCAACAAACCCUUCAACAGGGACUUACGUGGCACUUUCAACCUCCGUAUGCUAGCCAUUUUGGAGGUCUCUUCGAAGCUAGUGUUAAAAGUUUCAAACACCACCUACAUCGUGUGGUUGGAACUCGUACUCAGACUUACGACGAGAUGCAUACUCUUCUCUGUCAAAUCGAAGCCGUGUUAAACUCACGUCCCCUUUGCGCCAUGAGUUCGGCCUCUACCGAUCCCCUUCCUUUAACACCGUCUCAUUUUUUAAUAGGAGAACCCUUAACGGCUCUACCUGAUGUAUCCUUGUUGGACGAAAACCCUAACCGUCUCACACGUUGGCGCUGGAUACAACAGUCAGUCCAGCACUUUUGGAAAAGAUGGAGUAGAGAAUAUCUCCAUCACUUACAACAGAGUAGUAAGUGGCUUCAUGAUCGCGGCUCCGCCAUUCGUGAAGGCACUGUUGUUGUGGUAUGCGACGAGCACCUUCCGCCAUUACAAUGGAAGCUCGCGCGUGUGCAUGCUGUUCAUCUUGGCUCCGAUCAAGUCACUCGUGUAGUGACCUUAAAGGCUGGGAAUACUAUUUUUAAACGACCUGUAGUAAAGAUUUGCCCACUUCCGUUAGAGUAA